GCCUGACCCCCAAGCCGACUCGCCUCCUCUUCCUCUCCUGGCAAACCCUAGCCCCACCUCACCGCCGCCGCUGCUUCGCCACCCAUGGAGGAGGAGGAGGAGGGCGAGAGCCGCGACUGGGCCGGGAUGCAGUCAGACGCGCUCUCCACCAUAUUCGGGAAGCUGGACGCGGCCGACCUCCUCACGGGAGCCGGGCAGGUAUGCCACGCGUGGCGCCGUCUCGCCGACAGCGACACCACGCUGUGGCGUCGCGUCGAGAUGACCCACGAUGGAGACAUCCUGGAGGCCGGGGCCAUGGCCUGCGCCGCCGUCGACCGCGCCGCUGGCACCAUGGAGGCCUUCUCGGCCGACACCUUCGUCACUGAUCUCCUCCUCCGCUACAUCUCCGACAGAGCAUUCUCAUUGAAGAGCCUUCAGCUCAGCUUUUGUGAUAAAGUAUUUGAUAAAGGGUUGGCUGAGGCAAUUAAUCGCCUUCCUCAGCUUGAAGAACUGGAUAUUUCAUUCUGCUCAUUGUAUGGCAAUUUUUGCGAGUUAGUUGACAAAAGCCGCUCACAACUGAAAUGCUUUAGGCUAAAUGAACGCUGGGCUGAUUUUCAUAAGCGGUUUGAUGCAGCCUAUGAGCGCAUGGAGAUUGAACCAGAAGCAUCAUGGAUUGCUAACAGUAUGCCUCGUCUCCAAGUCCUUCAGUUGAUUGGCAGCGAAGUAACUAAUGAUGGACUGAUGGCAAUCCUUGACCAUUGCCCUCACCUUGAAUCACUUGACAUACGUAUGUGCUACAACCUCCAAAUUGAUGAUGCUAUGAAAUCAAAGUGUGCUAGAAUUACAAACCUUAAGCUUCCUCAUGAUCCCAUCUCUGAUUUCAAGUACUGGGCCUACGUUGACAGUGAGGAUUACAGUGAAGAUUACUCUGGUUCUGAUUUUGAGGUUGAUAUGCACGAUGAUUUGCUGGAUGUGGUCAUGGAUGAUGAUGCUGAUGAUGCUGAUGGUGAAUUCAAUUAUGUGGAUGAUUAUGAUGAUGUCGGCUCAGAAUCUGCCAUGUAUGAUGAUGUCGAUGACAUCUAAACGCUGACCAUGGGCUUUCACUUUGGCGGGAUUUGGAGCUGAAAUGAUGCGGUGUUCUCCUGUUGUUGAAUGAAAUCCUUGAAGUGGGGUUCAAGCACUUUGUUAUGUGUGAUUCUCUUGUGUUCGUGUCACCUGUUUGUUUCUCACAUUUUUGCAAGAAACUAAUCCAUCCUCUUGCUGUGAGACUGGGUUGUUCGAUUAUCACUCUUUUCACUUGUAGUUUGUGCUGCCUUGUGACUUGUCAUGGAAUUAGAUUCUUGUAAUGAA